AUGGCCACACCCACGAAUGGCUCCUUUUUAUCCGCCGUAACCACCAUUGCGAACACAUAUCUGUCCCGCGGCCAGACGGACGAAUCAUCGCGCUUGUUUUCCGCACUCGCCAAUCUGCGCGAGGCCGCGAACGAUGACGCCAUCGCGACCGCACACACAUUCGGCCUUCUCGUCGUGACCUUCCUGGAAAAUGGACAGUGGAAGGCAGCCGCGGACAUUGGGACACUCGUCGUCGAUGCAAGGGUUGCCCUGCUCGGUUCGGAGAAUCCUUCCACCCUGACCGCGAUGAGUAAUCUUGCGGCCGCGUACUGGGGCCAGGGUCGGUGGUCGGAAGCCGCGGAACUGGGGCGAAGAGUGACUGAGAUUCGGACUCGAGUACUGGGCGAGGAGCAUCCACAGACGUUGAAUUCCAUGUCGAAUUUGGCGUCCACGUAUGCGAAACAGGGUCGCUUUAUGGAGGCAGAGGCGAUUGGAUUGCGACUGUUGGAGGUUCAGGGACGGACGCGGGGAGACGGCGAUCCGUCCACAUUGAGUUCCAUCGGGAAUUUGGCGACCACAUAUACCGGCCUGGGGCGGUACGAUGACGCGGAGCGAUGGGAGCGACGGGUGGUGGAGCGGUCCGAGAUGCUCUUCGGCGAGUCGCACACGUCUACGUUGACGUGGAAGUCGAAUUUGGGUGUUACGUUCCGGGAACAGGGGAAGUUGGAGGAGGCGGUACGGCUUCAGUCGACGGUGCUGGACACCUGCUCGGCUUGUUUAGGGAGCAAGCAUCCCCUGACUCUAAGCUCCAUGGCGAAUCUGGCGACCACAUAUCGCGACAUGCAGCGGUUGAAGGAGGCAGAGGAGUUGGAGGUGAAGGUCGUGGACGGUAGUAAAGCAGUGCUAGGGGAGCAUCAUCCAGAGACGCUGGUGGCGGUGGGCAAUCUCGCCCUCACGUAUCGGUGUCAGGGGCGGCUUGGGGAUGCGGCGCGACUGGGGGCAAGGGCCAUGGCGUCUAUGAAGACAAGUCUUGGAGAGGAGCAUCCGUAUACUUUGACAGCGAUGGCAAACUUGGCGUUGACAUAUCAGCUGGAAGGUAGAUCGCCUCAAGCGGAACGGAUGACCUUCCAGGUGCUGCAGUUGAUGCAGAGGUCCCUUGGCGAAGCGCAUCCCCAUACGCUGACCACAAUGGCGAAUCUCGGUGCCAUCUACCAGUCCCAAGGGAGAUGGGACGAUGCAGAGAAAGUGGCGGAACAGACCGUCCGCGGUAGAGAGAUGGUCCUCGGGAAGGAACAUCCGGAUACGCUGGCCUCGAUGGAGGACUUGAUGCGGGUAUACCGCGUCUUGGCCGCCGAUCGGACGAUGCAACGCGCUGCCAUGAGAUAG